AUGGAUACCGUACCUUCCUGGCUGCCGACCGACCUCGACCUCGUUUCUUCGGAUUGGAGUCAUCCGAUGCUAUAUCCGUGCGACUCUCUAUUGAGGCUCCCUUCUGAACUGCUUUUGCAGAUUGCAGAAUAUCUCUGCCGAGACAGUCUCUACCAGCUUACACUGACAUGCUCUUGCUUGUGCAAGAUUGCCGAAGACUGUCUGUACCGAGAGAUAUUUAUUCCGAAAUACGGAGGUUGGACCGAUAAACGGGAGAGGAUAUCAAUCUUUCACCUUAAUCGCACCCUAUCCGAGUCUCCUCGACUUGGAAGCAUCGUUAAAACUUUGGACAUCGUUAUUGACUCGUUCCAUGUCGAAGUUCCUGUCACGGCUUCAGGAAUCCUCCCGUAUGCGCGCACGAUCAGCGCGAAUACUACGGUCAGAAUAAGAGUCCCGUUUGUGGCAGGUUCGCUACUCCUGUCCAUGCCCGCUGUGGAGACUCUAUCCAUUGCCUUGCGAUAUGGUAAUCGGGGCUACCCUCCGUACAAUUAUGUGCACGAUAGCUUUCAGGAGCUGUUUGGCAAAGAGUUUGAUCCCGAAGCCUCUAACUCUAUCCUUAUGAAUGCUCUAGGCCACGUUAAAUCGCUCAAUUUCGAGGGCCUUCAAUUCCAUUGGGUACUUGCUAAACUCCCCUCUUUAGAGCACCUCACGCUGAACCGAUCUUGCCGGAUCUUGCCGGAUCAAUCGCCACUCGAGGUCUCGGCAUCUAUCAAGUCUUUGACGCUCCCCUGUUUCUCCUCCGUACUUAUCCGCGGCUCAGAGAGGUAUAAGACUUGUGCGCCCUUCCUGCAGCAUUUACCAUUUUUACAGACAGUGAAGAUUCCCAUUCGAGAUGUUCCAGACAACAUAGAUGAAGAGGGUUUGGAGGGUUUUGAGAUGGUAAAUGAGCAACGGCAAGGAAGCUUCUCCGUUCUUCUCGAGGGGCUCAAAUGCGCUGCAAGCACACUCAAGGUGAUCGAUCUCGGACUUGACGAUGACCAAGCCAGGUACGAUUUCCUAAGCUAUGCGUUACCCGGUGGCCCCUUUACCCCAUUCUGGAGUCUCAAGGUCCUGAAGGCACCAUAUGAAGCGCUUCUCGGCCCUGAAGACCCUUCCGGCUUGCUAGGCCAUCCCCCCAUGGAGGACGUCCUUCCUGAGUCCCUCGAGGUUCUCGAAAUUCACUGCCCAGUACUUAGAAUAUUGUCUUGGCUUUACAACUUCCUUUGGCACCGCGAUCGACUCCCGCGCCUAAAGCGCAUCGUUCUGCACUGCCGGAGUGAUAGAGGGGACAGCUACGUGGAGUUCGCCUACCACUCAUAUCCUCAUCCGGUCUUUAACGGAUUUCGAAGAGCUGGUAUUUCAAUCGAGCUGAGGUACCUAAAUGGAGACUGGCAGUGCGACUGGGAUGACUAUGAUGUCCAGAUGACUAAGAUGUUGGAGUGGUUCCAAUCGCUCGGCGAUCCGUAUCGAGGUUCAGUCUUCGCGCCAAGAUUCGGCGGUGAUCCGGAUGUGUCGAAAUGGGGACACUAUGUGAUAUGGUAGGCGAGUGGAUCUUUCUUCGCACGGGGUAAAGGAGUCUGCGCAGAGCAAGGUAUGACCUCGGGUAUAAAACCCAAAGACCUAC